CCGAAACCCGAUGAUAAACUGAUUGUGUUUAGUCCUUUGGUGGUGGUGAGAGGUUACAAUUUUCAUCAACCACCAUAAAGAAGAUAUUUUUUCAAUACUCACUAGCCAAACCUAACCAGUUAUCACUAAGCUAGCCACUAUAUAACUCACAAACAUGUCAGUGCUCGAGCUUCCGGGGUUCAGAUUCCACCCAACCGAGGAGGAACUUCUUAACUUCUACCUGAGAAGGAUUGCCACAGGCAAAAAACUACAUUUCGAUUUCAUCGGCCUUCUCUACAUAUACCAUCAUGAACCAUGGGAGUUGCCUGGGUUGGCAAAGAUAGAGGGGAGAGAGUGGUAUUUUUUUGUGCCUAGAGACAAAAGGCAUGGCCAUGGUGGAAGGCCCAAUAGAACCACUAAGAAUGGAUUUUGGAAGGCAACCGGUUCGGACCGUCAGAUCCGAUGCUUAACGGAGCCCACGAGUGUUUUAGGAAUCAAAAAGACACUGGUGUUCUACCAAGGGAGAGCACCUAGAGGGUGCAAGACCGAUUGGAUCAUGAACGAGUACAGACUUCCUGAUAGCUUCCCCUCACCUAAGGAGGAUAUAGUACUUUGCAAAAUCUACAGAAAGGCAACGUCAGUGAAGGUUUUGGAGCAGAGGGCAUCUAUGGAGAACCAAGUUAGGAUAACCCAUUUGCCACCAUCAUCUCCUCUUUCAGAGGACACUCUCACCUACUAUGACCACCCACAAGAAAAUUUUCGGACACCAAUGCCUUUACAGGACCUUACUGUCAAGAUAGAAGAAGAAGAGAAUAAUAAACAAAACUACUACUCCCUCUGAAGGAUUUCGUUUUGCCAAAGAGAACUUGAAGGAGCUCGAAGUGCCUGAGUUUAAUAUGGACUUGUUGGUGGAACCAUUGUUGAACCAGUUUAGCCCAUGGCUAGACCAGUGCUGGAGUCCCUAUUAUGCUAAUGUGCUUAACUUCUAAAAAGAAGUACAGAAGCACUCAAAUCUUAAAUGGUUUGAUGUAUGCAAUUUCUAGGGCUUUUUGUGGAUUAGUGGCAAAUCAACCUUGCAGUAGUAAUGGGUUUAUAUAUCUAUUUGU